UUACCACAAAAUUAAUGAAUUUAUCCAUGCUUCGUACACUGUAUUUUGUUUUGUUUAGAUAAGUACAUAUUUGAUAAAGGAGGCUAAAUUUGGUAUAUUCGAGUUGAUCAUCAGUUAAUGGUGGAAAUUAUGAAAGAAGGAUGUUUAGUUAUAUAGAUACUAAAUACUUAAGUUGAAGUGCCCUUUACUUCUAAAGGUUAUCCAUGACCAUUUGACGAAACAAUGUUAUCUUUGUUGUUCGAGUAUUUUUUCCAAUGUCUUGUGUUGUGCAUACUUCUCGCACUGGGUUAUCUUUAUCUGACGAGAAAAGAAGAGAAACAUGGAAAUAACAGACAAACACAGUCAGGUUUGGCCACAGGUAGCGACUUCGAGGAGGAUCAGAUUAAUGAUUUAGAAAAGGACAAAAAUGCCUUGACCGAAGAUCAAAUAAAGAGGUGUGAAGCUAUAGCCAAAGAGAGUGGUAUCCAUGCACUUCAAGAGAUGAUACAUUGCAACUUAAACAAAUGGCAAAACAUAAAUGUAAUCUUUGCUGUCAUCGGAGAAACAGGAGCGGGAAAGUCAUCAUUCAUCAAUGCAAUGUUACGACAAAAGGCUGGGGACAAAGGCAGUGCACAAGUGGGAUGCACACAGACAACCUUGGAGCUCAUGGAAUACCAACAUCCAAAGCAUAAAUCACUAUCGUUUUGGGACCUGCCCGGUGUUGGAACUUCCAAAUUUCCGAAGGACACAUAUCUUGAAGCCAUUGAUUUUAAAAAGUAUGACUUUUUCAUAAUGGUGACGAGUGGAAGUUUUACUGAAAAUGAGUUGUGGCUUAUAAAAGAAAUAGAGAAACGCGGAAGAAAAUUCUAUUUCGUAAGAACGAAAAUCGAUCUUGAUAUAUUGAAUGAUAGCACAAUCAACCCUGACACUCACGAUUCGAAAGAAUUACAAGCCAAAAUUAGAGACUCAAUACACACUCAACUGUCGAAGGACGGAGUGUCGAACAAAAUUAUUUUUCUUAUUGACAAUAACUGGAAUGCUAGACGAAGUAUUCCAUGUGAAUCAUACGACUUCGAAAUACUGAUGGAACGACUGAUUGCAGACGUUCCGAAAUUAAAAAGGCAGACUCUGAUUUUCUCGUUGUCAGCUAUCACCUUGAACCUGAUGAAAGAAAAAGUAAAGACAUUGAAAUCGAGGAUAAACUACGUGGCACUUGCAGCUUCGAUGGGCUCAUUAGUACCAAUCCCAGGCGCUGGCUUCUCCUGCGAAAUCGGGGCGAUAAUUCUUGAGGUUCAACUAUACAAAGAGCAACUUCAAACAGACGAAAGAUCAAUGAAAACGUUGGCUAAAAAAAUGAAUAUUCCUUUGGAAGAACUGUGUAAGAAAACAAAUGUAGAAACACAUUUCAUUUAUGCAGGUGCAAGUGCUUCACGACUUAUGAUUGCGCUUUGUGCGGAACUUACUUCAUCUGAAGCGGCAGAGAGCGUUUUGAAAGGCUUUGUUCCAAUUCUUGGAAACGUCAUAUCCGCAAUGGCAAGUGUUCCUAUAUGCGCCUUUACACUUCACAAGCUUCUCAAAAGCUGCGAGGAAGAGGCGUAUAGGGUUCAACAUGAAUUUGAGAAAUGGUCGAUUAUAGCUACUAACACUUCUAAAUAAAGUGUAAUGUUUGCAUGAUAAAAAAACGCCUACAAAUAACUAGAGCAGCAUUUAUAAUUGACUUAGAAUUCUGUUGAGUAAAUUUAUGAAUUAUCACUUUGUAUUCAAUUUAUUAGUCUGAUGUUGUACUCCUUAAGCUUUGGAACUUAUUGUAUUAUUUGUGUAAAACAAUACGUAUAAUAUUCAUACGGUGUAUGUGUUCAAGAUAAAAUGUUUCUACAACAUAAGCCAGACACACAUACUCAAUCCAUAUUAAGAAGCAUAAUGUUUAUUUAAUCAAAAUUUAUACUACUUUUUAAUGUGACCGUAAUUAGGGUUUGAUUUUACGAUUAUAUAUUUUUGGAAUAUUUGCUUUGAUCAUUACGUUAAACAUGUCGUUUAUAAAGAAAUUUAAAUAAAAAUAAACAGAAAUGUAAAAUUAAAAUCAAGGAAACAAAACAAUCGUGUCAUAUAAAAAAGCCCGAAAACGGUUUUGCCAGGAAAAAAUGUAUAUUAAUAUGACACUUGGCUAAAACGAAUGUACAUACAUGGUGUUCUUUUUCCUGUCCACUAUUUAUAUAUUGAUUGUAUUUACAAAGAUGUUAGCUACGAUUAUGUAAGUUUGGUCUUUGGAACGGACUGCACAAACGUGCAUAGUAGAGCAAUAAGAAAUCGAAUCAGCAAUCUUCGUUCAACGGACAGACACUCUACCGAGACCCUAUAAUGGCUAGCUCAAUAGCGGACAGUAUAAGGCCAGAUUUAAAAUGUUUUUAGGUUAUUCUCAUAUGAGAUAAGUGCUUGUUUGUCAGUCGUCCGAUAAAUCCCAUUUUUUUCCAAAAUAAAGAUUCAACUUGUAUAUUUCAUUGGACAAUGUAUAUUUAUAAUUGAUUUCGUACAUGACUUUUGAAUACUGGGAAAGACCAAUAAAGAUAAAAAAUAACUGCUACAAAUGCUUACAUAUAAUUGCAUCUCUGACUUAAUUUUGUUUUAAGAAAAGAAUGGUGUAUUAGAAGCAAACGAUUUACUUUUUAAAACAAUAUGUUAUUGAACAAUAAAACACACUGAUGUUUCGUACGACCCGAAUUUAAACUUUCAAGUCUGUUAUGAUAUAUCAGUGUAUUCUAAGUUUGAAGUCGUCAAACCGACUGUUUACUAUAACACCGAUUAUGUGUUGCGCUGUGGAAAUCACUCAUUUGUUCAAAGGCUGUCGUAUACUAAAUGUAAAAAUUAUCAAUAAAUGAAUAAAUGGAAAUGUUUAUUUUUUUCAAAGAUGCCAUAUUGCAAAGCAAAUUGACAAGAAGGAAUUCUAUUCAGAGAUUCCGAUUUUGGAUUGAUAUGGUAGUGUUUAUUCAUAAUUUUAUUACUCAUUUACAUUUUUCACAAUUUACUUCUCGUCAUUAACUUCUCAUAAAUAUCUUCUCAAAUGCCCUGAUCAACUACUAACGGUCAUGCGUACACAGUGAUAAACGGCUAAUGACGCCUUAUCAAAUUGCCUUUCAACUGUCAUUGCAAUUUUUACAACUUGCGAAAUUUAAACACCUUGCAAUUGUUUGUUUAUUUUAAACACACGUUCGGGAAAAAGUGUGAACUUAUGACCUCGAGGGAGCCAUUAGGUUUUGUGCAUGAUUUGUAUACUUGGGACUGACUAUAUUGCUCGACUCCUCGACAUAUUUAGGUUUCGAUGCAGCGUAGGUAUAUUUUAUAUGAAACUAGAAGGAAGGACCGCCGGUUCUCCAACGACCGCAGCUUUACUGUAGUUCAAAUCCUAGAAUAUAUAAAAUUUUCUUCCAGCAUUUGGGCCAAUAAGUCUCUCAAAUUCGUAACAUUUUGAAUGCAAUAAUGUUAACUGGAAACAGAAACGUAUUCGCCGCUUUUAACAUUUACUCGCUCAAUAGAAAUCAAGUAUUAUGUUUAUUGCGUCAUGUUUCGUAAGCGCUUAAAUGGAUCAAUAAACACACGAUAGGGUUUCUGACGCAUUGUGAUAUCUUCUUAAAAAAGCUAUUGAUACCGCCUCGAGGUCGCACCGGGUUUGUGACAUGGAUUUCAAGAUAUGAUUUAGGGAUGAUUGCUUGUCAAAAAUACAAAUGCUAAUAUAUUAACAUUUUCACAUUCUCAUUUAUUCAUCAGCAUGAAAUAUUAAACAAACCUAUUUUUGUUUAUUUAUUGAUUGGCUAUACAUGUCAUGAAAGCUAUGAAAGUGAAGUUCAAAUAUUUUUAAAAUGUGUGUUUUUUUUUCGAGGGUUCGAAGAUAGGAUCUCAAAUAUGAGAAAUGCGUGUGUGCUGAACAUUGUGCUUACGAUCAAACUGAUAUAUGACUGCAUGACUAGUUCUUUAAACCAUAUUUGACUACAUGUCCUCUUACAUUAGACGCUUGAUUUCAAUUUAGAUAAAUAUUAUCUUACCUUACAAAUUACUGCGUAUGGAGAUAGGCAAUUUUGCAAGUGGAUUCUUAAUGUCAAGCCCUCCACAAAUUAAUUGUCACUCUAUGGAGAGCUAGUAAGAUUUCCGCUAUAUAUUGAGAGACAUAUUCGCGUUAUUAAGUAUUUUCUUAUAUUAUACAAAGAUAAAAAAGAUUAUAAGUAUCUUCCAUGGCCGAGAGUGUAAGAUAGGUUCAUUCCGACCCGAGCGUAGGGUGUUUUGCGGAAACGAGGUUUACCGAGUUUCCGCAAAACACCCUGCGCGAGGGUCGGGAUGAACCUAUCUUACACGAGCGGCUAUGGUAGAUGCUUUUUCUCCCACCUCAGUAAAACAAAAAUAGGUAAAAAUGUAUUUUUUGCUGGAACUCUUUUGUGCUUAGUGAAGAUAAUUGCGUAUGGAUAUGCAAUAAUUCGUGGUUGUCAUGGUUAUGCGCCCAGUGAUUCAGAUGAUGUAAAUAGUCAAAUCGGUCUUUAAAUAGUUCAAAGGAGAGUGAAGCAUUAUUUCUUGAAAGGUGCGUGAAAACUGUUUUAUUGUGACAUUUGAAGCGAUAAAUAAUUAAUUAGCAUUCUAAAUAUUUCCACAAGACAAGGUUUCAUUGAUGCUACAAACGACAGUCUUCAACAGGGGAGGUAACUACAAUGUGGUGACCAUAAAAAAGGAGUUCCAUACGGGCAUUUUAUCUUCGCCCGUGGGCAAGAUAAGAAUUUCUAGCAUGGUUAAAUUAUUCAAUCUACUUAUCUGAGGUGGGAGAAAAUUGUAUCCUCAGGGCAAUAUUAAAGGAUUAAUACAGGGAUCUUGAUGAUAACCCACAGACUAUAAACUGGGUCUCUAAAGUAAGAAGUAUACUUCAGUCAGCCGGUUAUGCAGAUGUGUGGUUAUUCCCUGAGGCGGUUAAUAUAAAUUUAUUUGUCCCCAUGUUUCGAAAUCGAUUAAGAGAAGUAUACAUAACUAACUGGCUAGCUACCAUGGAGACGCAUUCAUCAUUGUAUUUAUAUAAGGAAGUUAAAUAUACGUUCCAAUUGUCUAACCGCAUGGUAUAACUGGAUAAUAUAAAAUAUAGAAAUGUUUUAGCUAAACUCAUAUUGUCCUCGCAUAAUUUGUAUAUUGAACUAGGUAGACAUAACAAUAUCCCUAGACAAGAUCGAAAAUGCACACUGUGCCAUUUAAACGAUAUAGAAGACGAGUUUCAUUUUGUUCUUGUCUGCCCAAUGUAUAGUGAUAUCCUACAGACUUAUAUUCCCAGAUACUAUGUUAGAAAUCCCAGUAUGAUUAAAUUUAUAUCAUUACUAAAGUCUGAUAAAAAAACGCUGUAAAUAAAAUUAGCUAUUUUCUGUAUUAAGGCUUUUAAGAUAAGAGACAUAAAUAUAUGAUAUUUUAUAAGACAUUCUCACAUUAUAUUGGUGUUAAAUGUGUUAGUUUUGUGUAUAUCAUAUUUAUUGUUGGUGUAGUUACCAAAAUAUCCAUACGCAUUACUUAUUUGUUACACACAUUACUUAUUUAUCACAUGCAUGCUAUUUUUUCAUUUUUGCAUUCUGUGUUUAUAACGAUGAGCUGUAUAUGCUUAAGUUAAAUAAACAUUCUGUUCUGUAUGUUGCAAAA